GGCUGACAGUUUGUAAUGAGCCAACGGAAAAAGAAGAGAUAUCUUUCAAGUUACAUUUACUGAUUUUUUUCUAUUCAUAUUGGAGCCGGAAGUGAACCGACCUACAACAUGCUGAUAACUUUAAAGACUUUACAACAGCAGACGUUCAAAAUCGACAUCGAUGAGGAAGAAACGGUGAAAACAUUGAAGGAGAGGAUCGAGCAGGAAAAAGGGAAGGAGAGCUUUUCAGUGGCCGGCCAGAAGCUGAUCUAUGCUGGAAAAAUCCUCAGCGAUGACACGGCCCUCAAAGAAUACAAAAUCGAUGAGAAGAACUUUGUGGUCGUCAUGGUGACAAAGCCUAAAACUGCUGCUGCCAGCCCAAAGCCUUCAUCAGCCUCGUCAUCAGCUCCCUCAUCGGCCCCCAGCGCUGCAGCUCCUGCAGCGGCCCCAGCUCCAUCGCCCACUGCAGACAAACCUGCAGAAGUAACACCUGCUGACAAACCGGAGGAGAAAGAGUCUUCCACGUCUGAGCCGCCGCCGCCAACGCCUCCCGUCAGGAGCUCCGAGUCUUCCACAGACCUGCUCAGUGAAGCUGUUUCCACUCUGGUGACGGGUUCGUCCUACGACACCAUGGUGAACGAGAUGAUGCUGAUGGGCUACGAGAGGGAGCAGGUGGUGGCUGCUCUGAGGGCCAGCUACAACAACCCCGACAGAGCCGUGGAGUACCUGCUCUCAGGUAUUCCGGGUCGAGAUCAAGGCCCCAGAACCGGACCCGAUUCCACACCUGCAGUGAGCGAAUCUCCAGCUGCGCCUGCAGGGGGCACCGCUGCUCCUGCCAGCACCGAGUCCUCCCCCAGUGCAGGAGGAGGAAAUCCUCUGGGCUUCCUCAGAAACCAGCCUCAGUUCCACGUCAUGCGGCAGCUGAUCCAGCAGAACGCCGCGCUGCUCCCAGCUCUCCUGCAGGAGAUCGGUAGGGAGAACCCGGAGCUGCUGCAGGAGAUCAGCAACCACCAGGAGCAGUUCAUCCAGAUGCUGAACGAGCCAAACCCUGAUCCAGUGCCUGGAGGAGGAGGAGGAGGAGGUGGGGUUGGAGGUGGAGGAGGAGGAGCGAGGGGGGCUGGAGGCACGGGGGCCGACCCUUCCGGAGGAAGUCACAUGAGCUACAUCCAGGUCACACCGCAGGAGAAGGAGGCCAUCGAGAGGCUGAAAGCCCUGGGAUUCCCAGAGGGACUCGUCAUUCAGGCCUACUUCGCUUGCGAGAAGAACGAGAACUUGGCGGCCAACUUCCUUCUACAGCAGAACUUUGACGACGAUUAAAAAAAACUCUUUUUCUUUUUCAUAUUUCUUCCUUCAACUUCUCUCUGAUGUUCACUACAAACCUCAAAAAAAAAAAAAAAAAAAAAGCUUUUAGCUCCUAAAACUGAGUUUUCCUCUGCACUUCCACAUCAGUGUUCCUGAUGAGACCAUCAGAUGUGUUGAUGGACGUUCUGUUAGCAUCUACCAAUGAAUGAAUGAUUAAAAGACCGUCAAUUUUGUGUCUCA